AUGGCGCAAAAAGGCGGAGGAGCUUGGCGUCCGCGGAUGUGGUCGAAGAAAUCCAAAGCCAAGGAUGCUGUGCCACAGAGAGGCCAUGUAUCUGAUUCUGAAGCACAGCUGGAACAUGGUCCAAGGCAUUCUUUACACACUGUCAAGAAACAUGGGGACCUCCGUUCUAUAGCCAGGUCACACUCCAAUGAGGAUGCUGAUGACCAGAAUUCAAGUCCGGCUGUUCAAGCCAAGAAGCCAGGCCACUCCCCUCAGGGUUUCCCUGAAUGCCACGAUGGCAAGACUGACGCUCGUGAACCAAUAUUACAAGGAAGACCGUUCCAACCUGGGAAUGGCCAGCCGGCCCAGAAAGGUCAGGGCCAGGGCUCUCCAUCAUUCAAAGGAGUUGUUAUCGGGCCCAGCAGUAAGAAGAAACGGUCGGCCCGUGCCCCUAUCGCAAAUAACAUCGAAUCACUAGGUCCAAUCUCCCCGUCAAGGAUACCGUUUUCUUCCUCAUUCAAAAGCCCUGUGGCCGAGACCCGGACAGACGAUAUCGGCAGCGCUUCCAUGGAUCAAUCGUUUUUUGUCAAGAUUCCAAAAACCCCGACUCAUGAUUUCGACAGGUCUAGAGAAAAUGUUGGCCAAACACCUAAGAAGGAAGAGCAGGUGCCGCUUCAACCGCGGUCUCCCAAUAUAUCUAAGAAAAUCAACCGCAAUCCUGAUUUUCGUGCCUCUCCAAAAGCUGAUGCCAAGAAGCCUACGGAGUUGUUUGAGGUUUUAGACCUUCCUCGUGACAAUGACCCAGUAGCGGAGUCGAAUAACGAGCCUGAUAUCCAUGAUAAACCUACAACUGAGGAACAAGAUCCCUCCUGCACUUCCGAUACAGCCGUUAUUGCCGAUGGCAUGCCCGCAACUAGUUCAGAUUUCAAUAAUUACGACAACAAACCAAAGACGACCGUUAAUUUCAGCCGAACAGCGCGGUUGCGGCCAUCUCCGUUAUCAGGGCCUCCUCUCUUCAGUCCAGAACCCAAGGGUUCAGCAACGAGCAACGGCGAUACUGAUCCAAUUUGUGCUGGAAUUGCAGUUCAGCCAAUGGCCACUUUCCCAACCGGACAAGGACAUCAACUCGUUGCAGAAUCAAUCCCUGCUGGAACCCGUCAACUUUCCCUUGACCGAUUUCUGAGACCUGGUAGGGCAAAGAAGGCAUCCAUAAAUGAGAUAGAUACCCCUCCUGCUAAGCAAGCAGUGCUUGAUUUUAAUGCAGAAACCACAAAUGAUACGAAAGGUCCAGGUAAAGGUCACUCAGAGGGUCAGACUUCUACAAAUGUGGCAUCCAAGUCUGAUGGCAAGUCAAAAGUCAUUGACAGCACACAAGGCGGCGCUCUCUCGCUUGGGAAUGGCGAGCAGAAAUUAGCUGUCUAUGAUGGUAAUACGGCAAGGCCACACCGUAAUUCGAUUGAUAUCAUCAAUAAGUUACGUCCGUCACUGGGCAAGACCGAGGCGAAGCUAAAAAAAAAGCGACCAAUUUCGGCUGAGGUCAACUCGAUCUCCACCUCGGUUGAGAAACCGCCGUCUAGUCACGCCAGUAGUCCAGUUGCUCCAAAUUCUCCUCUUCCGUCCCCUGAAAACACAAGUCCGGGCCAUCCUUCUUCCCCUGCUAGCAUAUCAGCUCUUAGGAGUAUGAAAGAAGAAGGAAAUAGCUACUUUACUAAGCCAGUAGGCAAGCCAUGGCUUGGGUCGGAUCAUAUUUCAAGCUCUUCUAGCUUGCUUGGAUUUUCCAGUGUGAGCCCCGGCUCAUCCAGAGGCAGCCGCCCUACUAAUUCAGGUCAGCGUAUUGCGAAGAUGUUUGUAAUAUGCUGCAAAUGCAAGUUCUGGCAUGAUAUGCCGUCAGAUGCCUACGCUAAGCUUGCGUUCCCUACUGUUGCUGCAUUGAAGAAUAAAUUGAUAACAGGGCCUACCCAAAGCUCUAGGCAUUCGGAGGAAGAUGGAGGUGCAGGAUGGCCAAGUAUUUCGGAACCGUCCAGUCCACAGCCAAAUAAGAUGGACGAUGAGACUAGGACCAGCGCCAAUUUGAUGGGCACUGGAAGUCACGGUAGCAGGCAAAGCACAAACACGAUGAACAGUGGCAAAAUAUCCCCUCCAUCUGCCUUCUCCCGCUUCUCAUUCCUCAACCAGUCGGUCAUUAAAUGCUGUUGGUGUGAGCACAGAAUGUCCCGAACAUGCUGUGCAGGGUGGACCGCGCUUGUUCAGCUACGGGAGCGUCACCACUAA